AUGUUGGAUGGUGUUGCUGGCAUUGGGCCUAGUUAUAAAGGUCCUUCUUAUGAUAAGCUGAGGGUUAAUUUAUUAGCCGAUCUCAAAAGGGAGUGUCAAAUAGUUGUUUAUAGCUAUAGGUCUGAUUGGAAAGAAAUUGGAUAUAUCCUCAUGGUUGAUGUGACUGAUAAUGAAGCGAAUUAUGUUGCUACUGGUAGGCUUAUUAAUAAGAAGUUUGAAAAUAUUCACUGGUCACCUUGUGCUGCUUAUUGCUUGAAUCUUAUUCUAAAAGAUAUAAGCAGCAUGCCACAUAUUUUUAACCUUGCAACACGUGCUUCGAAGAUUACUGUGUUUGUGUAUAAUCAUACAGUGUUCUUGUCUUGGCUAAGACAAAGAACUACUUGGAAGGAGAUUGUUCGUCCAGGUGUAACUCAUUUUGCCACUGUCUUCAUCAUAUUGAAGAGUAUCUUUGAGUGCAAAAUGGAUUUACAAGCAUUGGUUGUUGAUACACACUUUACCGGACACAAAUUAGGAAGAGCUAUGAGUGCAAUUAUCCUAGACAAUAAAUUUUGGGAUGAUUGUUUUACUGCAUGCAAAAUUGUGAGUUCAUUGAUUAAAUUGAUGAGGUUGGUAGAUGCCGAUGAUAAACCAUCAUUGGGAAUUGUUUAUGAAGCGGCUUAUUUCUUGAAUCCUGCUUGCUUUCUCGAUGAAAAUUAUAAAGAAGCACCUGAUGUCAUGCGAGGUUUACUUGAUCUUGUUACAUUGCAUUGCAAGGUUAAUAAUUUAGAUUCAGUUGAGGCAAUGAAAGAAAUACACUUAUAUAAAGAUCGAAAAGAAAGCUUUGAUAGGCCUGAAGCUUUUCGAGCUGCAAAAAAACUUCAACCUAGUAAGAAUGAAUGGUGGAGGUUGUUUGGUAGUUCUGCUCUAUGUUUACAAAACAUGGCAGUUCGCAUUCUUAGCCAAGCAUCUGCUUCUUCGGGAUGUGAACGAAAUUGGAGUCUUUUUGAUCAAAUUCAUACAAAAAGAAGGAAUAGAUUGGAGCAUGAUAGGCUAAGUGAUAUUGUGUAUGUUACAUAUAAUUUACGUCUUAAAUCCAGGUAA